GCCCCUCACUCCUCCUUCUAUGGUAGACCCAACUUUCUUUUUUAACACUUCCAAAGCAUCUUUCUUUCUGUCUCUCCACACAUUUCAGGGAGAGGGAGCCCUCACACAUUUCUCUCUUCUAUCUCUCUAUACAGUGGCUGAUUGAGUGGUGUCUUUUUUGGCCCACGGUCUGCAAGAAAAAGCGAAGACUUUCAAAGUUGUGAUCUUUGAAACUCCCUCAUCAAGUACUCUCUUUGUUUCGGCUUCUUUUUCUCUGCACUUUUUAACUGGUCCUGUGAUUUGCUUGGUGGGUUCUAAGCUAGUCUCUCCGAACACUCUAUUCUGUUUUGUAUUUUAGCUUCUGGGUUUUUUUGUGGGAUUAUUGGAUCCACUGUGCUAGUUAUACGAAUUGAACUGGUGUUGAGGGAGUCUGGGAUGAAAUUUGUUGGCUCCACUGAUGGAGCUUACCACGAGCUGAAGCCAAGGCUGAGUGAUGGGCGUGUUUGAUCUGAUUUGUGUAACAAGUUGUUCCUUCUUUCAAUGGCCGCAAGCACUGGUACUGGAAUUAGCUUAGAGAACCAGAGGAAACCUCUUCAUAGUCAGACAACAGAAGGGAGUGUGCGGAGGCCCUUGCCUCUACAAAUUACAAAGACAAGUAAAUCAGAGCCGGUUUCCCCCAGAGUACUACCAAAAAGUUCGCAGCAAGUUGCAUCAAAGCUGGAUUGUGUUGAAACCCAAGAGGAUGAAACUUCUUUAAAGAGACAUAAACCUGGGAAUGUUGAUUCAUUGGCCAAUAAGUUAGAUUCAAUUUUAUCCUUGGAUGACCCAGAGCAAGUGCUAACUUUUGUGGGAACUCAAGUGAUUGAGACAAGAGACUCAAAAGGGGUUGCUACUGAUCAAGAAAAGAAAACAGACCAUGGAGCUUCAGCAAAGGUCAGUGAUGCGACUGGCAGCACUGCCAAGAUGAGUGAAAGUGCAAAGGUUAGUGAUCGAGCUGAUCUCGUUGAGAGUGGCAAGAGCAGUAUCUGUAGAGGUAGCACUGGCACUGAUGUGAGUGAUGAGAGUACUUGUAGCAGCUUCAGUAGCAGUGCGAACAAACCUCACAAAGCGAAUGAUAUACAAUGGGAAGCCAUACAGGCUUUUCGGGCAAAAGAUGGUGCUCUGGGUUUACAUCAUUUCAGACUGCUCAAGAGGUUGGGCUGUGGAGAUAUAGGAAGUGUAUAUCUUGCAGUGUUGACUGGAACAAAAUGUUAUUUUGCAAUGAAGAUUAUGGACAAAGCUUCUUUAGCAGGCCGUAAGAAACUCCUUCGGGCUCAAACAGAGAGAGAAAUACUGCAGUCUCUGGACCAUCCCUUCCUUCCAACCUUGUAUACUCAUUUUGAGACAGACAAGUUCUCAUGUUUGGUUAUGGAGUUCUGCCCUGGAGGUGAUUUGCACGCACUUCGACAGCGGCAACCGGGGAAGCAUUUUACUGAACAAGCAGUGAAAUUCUAUGUAGCAGAAGUUCUCCUUGCUCUUGAAUAUCUUCACAUGCUUGGAAUUGUUUAUAGAGACCUCAAGCCGGAAAAUGUUCUCGUUAGGGAAGAUGGCCACAUAAUGCUCUCUGACUUUGAUCUUUCCCUUCGCUGUGUCGUCAGCCCAACGCUAGUCAAGUCUUCCAUACCUGAGUCUGAACUAUUGCAAAAGAACCCAGUUUAUUGUGUUCAGCCUGCUUGCAUUGAGCCAUCUUGUAUCCAGCCAUCAUGUGCGAUCCCUACAACAUGCUUCUCCCCACGUUUCUUUUCGAAAAAAUCAAAGAAAGCCCAAAAACCUAAGAUCGAAAUGGGGAACCAAGUCAGUCCGUGGCCAGAGCUUAUGGCUGAGCCAACAAAUGCUCGGUCCAUGUCAUUUGUCGGAACACAUGAGUACUUGGCACCUGAGAUCAUCAAAGGUGAAGGGCAUGGAAGUGCUGUUGACUGGUGGACUUUUGGGAUCUUUCUAUAUGAGCUAUUGUUUGGUAAGACUCCUUUCAAAGGAUCUGGUAACCGGGCGACCCUCUUCAAUGUUGUGGGUCAGCAUCUACGAUUCCCAGAUUCGCCAGUUGUUAGUUUUUCAGCAAGGGACUUGAUCAGGGGUUUACUGGUGAAAGAACCACAAAAUAGGCUGGCGUACAAGCGAGGAGCAACAGAGAUUAAACAACAUCCCUUCUUUGAAGGCAUCAACUGGGCUUUAAUUCGUUGUGCCAGCCCACCUGAUAUCCCGAAACCAGUUGAAAUAGAGCGAACUCCAGUUCCAACAUCCUCAACUAGUUCUAAAGCUGUCUCCACUCCUGCACCUGAUCAGAGUAACUAUCUUGAAUUUGAUUUCUUUUAGUUCUCAGAAUUGUUCUGUUUGUUUUUUGCUCUGGAUGGAGAAUUUGAUUUCUUUUAGUUCUCAGGAUUUUUUCUGUCUGUUUUUUGAUUUAGAGUUUCUGCAAUGUUGAUAAUGUGGAAAUUAGAUCUCAUAACAUUCAUAAUGAUCAUAUGUUUGAUGCUGUUCUCAGAACAUUUUCACAUUUGUAUUUCAAAAGUCA